UUGAGACGAUCACUUCUAGCCCGUGUGAAAUCAAGGGCUUACAUCAAUUGCAAGUCAAAUUGAAGAUUUCUUUGGAGGGGAAGAAGUUUUUGCUUGUUCUUGAUGAUGUUUGGAAUGAGAAUCAUGUCCAUUGAGAUGUUUUAAAAAGAGCACAUGGAAGUAAGAUCAUUGUCGACGCGUAGUGAAAUUGUUGCUUCUAAGAUGUGUAAUGUGCCGGCUUGUUACCUGCAAACGGUAUCUGAUGAAGCUUGUUGGCUAUUGUUCGCAUGGCACGCCUUUAAUGGUGGUGGAUCAGGUCAACAUUCGAUUCUGGAGGUAAUUGGUACAAAAAUUGUUAGAAAGUGCGAAGGCCUUACUUUGGCAGUAAAAUCUCUUGGUGGUCUCUUGCGUUCUGUACAAGAUCCAGAGGAAUGGAAGAAGAUACCGAAGAGCGACAUUUGGGAGUUGUCUGAAAGGGAGAGUAACAUUCUUCCGGCUUUAUGGUUGAGCUAUCAUUAUUUACCUCCACAUCUAAAGCGAUGUUUUGCUUACUGUUCAAUAUUCCCCAAGGGUUAUAAAAUUACGAAAGAAAAAUUGAUCAUGUUGUGGAUGGCAGAAGAUCUUUUGCAACCCCAACAAAACAAGAGGAUAGAAAAAGUUGGAAAUAAAUACUUACUACAAUCUCUUAUCAAGGUCGCUGUUUCAACAAGCAAGCCGUAGCCGGUCGUUUUUCAAGAUGCAUGACCUUGUUAAUGAUUUAGCUAAAUUUGUAUCAGGAGAAUUUUGUUCAAGAUUGGAUAACGGCUCAUCUG